AUGAACAAGAGAAGUGCUAGCCCUCUCGCUUCUCCUAAGAGUAAGCGGAAGCAUUUAGUUUCUACGCUAAACAAGCAUUAUACGGCAAUCAAUAAACAAAUUGAUUACAAGAAAAUGCAUGUUUCAGAGGAGCCUUUGGACAUUUUUGUGUGGGGCACUGGAUCUAUGUGUGAAUUGGGGCUAGGGCCGUUGGCUAAGAACAAGGAGGUCAAAAGACCCCGUUUGAAUCCAUAUUUACCUCGAGACAAGGUUGGUAUAGUAUCUUACGCGGUGGGUGGUAUGCACUGUUUGGCUUUGGAUAAAGAGAAUAACCUUUGGUCUUGGGGCACCAAUGAUUCUGGGGCGCUGGGAAGGGAUACUAGUGGAGCCAAUGAGCAAUUGAGGGAUAUGGACUAUGAUCAAAGUAGUGGGGAUGAGGAUGGUGACCUUAAUGAAUUGGAGUCGACACCCACUAUGUUGCCUAGAGAUUCUUUACCACUGGAUCAGAUGAAGGUGAUACAGUUAGCCGCGACGGAUAAUAUGUCUUGUGUGUUGUUUGAAAAUGGUGAUGUUUAUGCCUGGGGUACUUUCCGCUGUAACGAGGGAAUGCUAGGAUUCUACCAAGACGCGAUUGCGAUUCAGCACAUUCCAUGGAGAGUACCACGGUUCACCAAUGCUAAAGUUGUGCAAAUGGCAGCUGGUAAGGACCACAUUUUGUUUUUAGAUGAACAUGGUAUUGUUUAUGCAUGGGGAAAUGGACAACAAUACCAAUUAGGCAGAAAGAUCAUGGAGCGUUCUCGUUUAAGGACCUUAGACCCACGAGCGUUUGGAUUAGACGGUGUUAAAUACAUUGCCUCCGGAGAAAACCAUUCAUUUGCAUUGUCAGAUGAUGGAAGGCUGUUUGCGUGGGGGCUUAACCAAUUUGGCCAGUGCGGUAUAUCAACAGAAGUCAAGGAUGGCGCUAUGGUGACUGUUCCAACUGAAGUUGUGUUACCUGAAAAUGUCCGUGUUAAGGCGGUGGCGGCUGGCGAACACCAUUCUUUAGUUUUGGAUGAAAAUGGAGAUUUAUACACCUUUGGAAGACUAGAUAUGUUUGAAGUUGGUAUUCCUAAGUCCAAAUUACCCGAAAGUACUUACACAGACGCCCACAAUGAACCUCGUGCUGUCCCAGUUCCCACCAAGCUCACUGGUGUCCCAAAGUUUAACUUUAUUGCAGCUGGUUCACAUCAUUCGCUGGCUAUUGCUGAAAAUGGAAUUGUUUAUUCCUGGGGAUUUGGCGAAACUUAUGCUGUUGGUCUUGGCCCCACCGGUGAAGAUAUCGAAACGCCAACAAAUAUCAAGAAUACAGCUACACAGAAUCAUCGUAUCAUGUUUGUUGGUUGCGGUGGUCAAUUUUCCGUAUCCGGUGGGUUACCAUUGAGUGAUCAAGAAGCACAUAAAAGAGCUGAACAAAUGCAUGAUGAAAUGACCUAA